AUAAAAGAAGAAGCUAGAAGACGAAAAAGUAAAUCGCAAUUUUUCGAGAUGAUACAAGAAAUAAGAAAAGUUGCCAAACAGCAAAACGAUACGAAGACUCCAAAUUCGGACGAGGUAGAAGUCCGUCUGACAUCGCCUUCCGAGCAGGAUACAGACGACGGAAUUGAACAAGUUAUUGUACAUUCUGAAGAGAAUUUCGAUAAGUCCAGGUACCGUAAACACGCCGAUGAUCCCAGACGUAUCAUUCCAUUAAAACACGAACCGUAUUCAGACGAUAGCGUCAACGUCAGGACAAAGUUAAUAGAGUCUUACCAAUCGGAUUCCGAACUCAGCAUUGUAUCCACGUGCCCAACUACAUCCUCUUUAAGCUCAGUAUCCAUGGAUCAUCAUGGUUACAGUGUCAUCAUAAGUUUAAGUUUAAACGAUUUAACCAAGAUCCCGAAAGAUUGCAACGGUGCGCCAUUGAAGAGUAGCAAGCAAAGAGUUUGGUCUUUCGACGAUCUCACUUUCCUGAAAAGGGGUUUGGAUUCGGAAAACGAGCAGAAUGAGCAGAAGUCAUCCAACGAUUAUCUCGAAGAAUAUCCAAUAAGAAGAUACGACGAGUUAAGGUUAUACUCGAUGACCAAAGAGGAUAUCAUCAGAUUGUGGCAGACGUCGGAACGAACGUUGAUGAACCGAUUACAAGAAGCUUUAAGAGAAAAGAAAUCUUUGGAAGAGAAAUUGGCUUUUAUCCAAAAGACACUUAUCAAGUCGCCAUGAAGAUUGUAGCAAAUUUCUUUUUUUAGGAAAACAGUUUUAAGUAGCUAGGAGAAAUUUUUUCUAGGAAAUCAGUUCCUGAAUUUUUUUGCAUUAUAUAACAGAAAAUAACGGCAGAAAUACUGAAAAAAACGUUAAAUACUGCUUUUUCUAUUAGUUGUCUUCUUACAAUAUACAUAUCUCUAGCAUUUACUGCCAAGGAAUGAAAAUAAUAAAAAAACAAAAAACAAAAAACCCAAUCUUCUUGCACUAAUCUACAAUAAUGCACACUGUCCGUCCAUUAAAAAAAAAGAUAUAAAGCUUUCUUUCUUGGUUUAUAAAUUAUAUAUAUAUAUACAGUAAUAUAUAUAUAUAUACAGUAUAUAUCAAUAUUACUAGUCGAAUUUUGUGUAAUAUAAGUGAUCGAGAUUGUAUAUAGAUAAUCUUUUGGAAUAAAAUAAAAAAUAUUAGAGUUAGUUAUAUACAUCAAAGCAAUAAAAAUUGUAUUAAGAAACUAUAUAUAUAUACACAAAAAUUAGUAAUAUUAGAAUUGUGUAAAAUGUAUGAAAACAUGGCAACCAGUUAUAAAUGUGGUAAAGAUGGAGCGGGAUUUUUUUCAAGUUUUACCAUUAUUUAAGCUUUCGUAUAUUUUUUUUUCAAAAUAAGAUUUCAACUUACAGUUUGGAAUUAUACACCUAAAAUUUUAAAAAAGAAAAUGUUUUCUUGGCGCUAGUAAGAAAAUCUCAUUUAUGAAAAGUUGAGGUGUUUACAGAGAAUAGGAUUAAAAAUUUUUUUCAAGAUUUAACGUGGGAUGUUUUAUUUAAAAAUUUGAUCGAAAAUCGAUGUGAAUAGUCUCUCUUCUCUUUUGUUAGAAUGCUCUUAUUGUUAAACGCAUAUUUUUACUGGGAAAUGAAGGCAUAAAAGGAUGGUAACAUCAACCAUACUCGUAAAUUCUGCUUAAAUUGCAAAGUGCCACUAAGUAGUUUCGAAUUGUCUACAUAAAGUAAAUUUAUAUUCUGUCGUGUUUUGAAUAUUAUUAAGAGAAAGAAAAGAUGACUUUUAAGUAGACCAUAGUAAAAAAAAACAUUCGCUUGAAAAAUCAUAUAAUCUUACGAUUUUUUGGCGACUGUCCAUCGAGAUAGAAUAACGGUGGAUGCUUGUGCCUCGAGGAAUUUAAACAUUUGAUCGUACGAGUUGAAAUAUACAAUAUUUUAGCAUAAAUAAAGGUAAGUUUUUAAAUCCAAAAAUAGCUUAGAAUAAUAUUUUAUCUUCAAAUAUACUAAGCCAUCUUUGCUUGGGAAUUUAAACCAUGAAUAUACUGCGUCAAGUUUAAUGUCAUGAAACUCUUCAAAUUUAAACUUAAGCGUUUUAAUUAUGAAAAUUUCAAUGUUAAUAAUUAAAUUUAAGAUAAAGUUACAAAACUAUGUUUUGUUUAUAUAUUAAUAUAUAUUAAAUUCAAAAAACCUAGUUGCAAUGCACUGAGAGUUUGGGUGUUAUCACAGCAAAUGUUUAAAUUGGCAUCGGGAAUUUGACUCGUUAAUGAGAUCUUUGACUACUUAAACUUGCAUUUAGAUCAUAAAUUGAAUUUUAAUCAUGAAAAUUUACAUUUUAAACUCGAGAAUAAACUAGAAUAAUAUGUUUUGUACAAUAUUGUUAAGUUUUAUAAUCUGUAGAAUGAUGAUGAUCGGUGUUAAUAUCAAGAUCCUUGCUGAGUUGUAUUUAAUAUGCCGUCGCGUUUAA